AAGCCACUCCCGCAAGUCAUCAUCUCGCCAACAUCUGUUCUUGCGCUCUCUUCAUCUCCCACUGCUCCACCCCCGGCGACAUGGCUCUCCCCCGGGUCUCCAGGCCCCUCCUCGCCGCCCUCGCCAUCACACUCGGCUUCCUCCUCGUCGCCGCGGGGCAUAGGCACCAGACGGGGCGCUGGGCGCCGGCUGCCGCAUGGCCGGAUAUCCGUGUCGAGAGCGCCUACAGCGACGAGAUCGAGCGCUUUACGCACGACCCAGAAGGCCUUACCCUCUACAACCCCAAGAAGCCGUUCAACUACAUGUGGAAGAACGAGGCCAAGCUCCGCCGCCUCGCCGUGUGCAUGGAGCGCGGCGACUGCCACGAAAACGCGCUCAAGUUCGUCGUCAUCGGUGCUUACCACUGCCAUCUCGCCGUGUUCGACAACUACCGCGGCGGCGAGGGCAUCUGGUGCAUGAACAUGAUCGAAUCGCUCGAGCGCCAGGGGUAUACGGUGCUGUUCGCGGGCGAGGGCGACUGGAAGUACAUGGCGCACCUCCAUCGCCAGUUCCCAGAAUACAUUCGUGUUGUUCUGGCUGACGACGGGUCGCUUGAGGGCGGGCCUCCUGUCACCAAGCUGAUGAUGGAGAAUAUCAAAACCAAGGACAACCCGAACGGCGUGCCUGCGUGGAAAUUCUUCCGCUUCUCGUUCUUCCCGAAUGGUCUGUCGACGAUAGUCGGGCAGCGGUGGUCUGCGAUCGCCGAGCCGGAAUGGAAAAAACCGACGGACCAAGGCUGGCGCAAUAUGACAUAUCUCGGGUACGCGAUUCCUGACGAGGACCCGGAGAUCAUCCCGUUCCACGACCGCCCGAUGCGCGCCUACAUCCUCAGCAAGCGCGUGCAGUACUUUUACGACGUGUACGGCAAGCCGAUGAUCGGGCGCGACCAAAUCACGCGCGCGUACCACGAGCUGCGCCAAGAGUUCCCGACCUUCGAGUUCGUCGGCGCCUUCAUCGACGACCGCUCGAAGGAGCAGCACGAGGCCCUCGGGCCCAUGGAGAUCCCCGAGGGCGUGCGCAACCUCGGCAAGCUCGGCCCCGAGGCGUGGGCGCACGAAGUCUCCAACUCGCGCGCCAUGGUCGGCAUCGGCUUCCCCGUCUCCUCGCCCAGCCCGUACCAGGCCCUCGCGCGCGGCGUGCCCUUCAUCAACCCGCACCGCAUCAACGAGGGGCACGACCCGAACGACCCGUACACAUGGUUUAUCUCGCAGCACGAGUUCCUCCGCAUCCUCUCCCCGCCAGAGGUGUACCAGUACCCCGAAUACGACUACGACGCGUUCGUCGACGCCAUCCGGCAGGCGAUGACACACGAGAUGAAGCCACAUCUGCUUGAGCGCCUCACGCGCAAGGCGCUGGACCAGCGCAUGCGCGACUGGGUCGAAGCGGACUGGCGGCAUGCCGCGUCCGUCAUCCUGGAGAACCGCUUGAAUGGGCACGAGACAGAGUACGGCCCCAGCGUGGGCGUGUUUGAGCUGUGAGCGCCCGAGUGGGCGAGCGAGCCAGCGAGCCAGCGACGAAUCUAGACUGCGCUGUUGUGACAUUAUUGUAUGCCCAUUGCUCUUAGACUAUGCAUAGACACUUGGUGGAUGG